AUGCCACUCUGGGUGUUUUUCUUUGUGAUCCUCACUCUCACCAGUGGUUCCCAUUGCUCGCCACCCCCUUCCCUGCCCCUCAGGAUGCGACGCUAUGCAGAUGCCAUCUUCACCAACAGCUACCGGAAGGUGCUGGGCCAGCUGUCUGCCCGAAGGCUGCUCCAGGACAUCAUGAGCAGGCAGCAGGGAGAGAGGAACCAGGAGCAAGGAGCAAAAGUGCGGCUCGGCCGACAGGUGGACAGCAUGUGGGCAGCAAAGCAGAUGUCAUUGGAGAGCAUCCUGGUGGCUCUGCUGCAGAAGCACAGCAGGAAUUCUCAAGGAUGA